AUGGCAUCCGUGGGAAGUGUGAGAAGAGCCAGAGGAGUUAGGAAUGAGGGGCGAAGACAUGGUAGGCGAGAUCAAGCAAUUAGAGAUGGAGUAGAUAGGAACAUUGGGAGUAUUAAAAGGACGAUACCACAUUUUCAAGGGAGGAAUGACCUUGACGCUUUUAUCGAAUGGGAGAGGAAGGUGGAGCUUAUAUUUGAUUGCCAUAAUUACUCGGAAGAGAAGAAAGUGAAGCUUGUAGCGGUGGAAUUCACUGAUUAUGCCAUCAUUUGGUGGGACAAAUUGGUUAAGGAAAAAAGAAUGAACCAUGAAAGGCCCAUUGAGACCUGGGAAGAGAUGAAGACUUCUAAGGCAGGGGACGAGGAGAUGGAGAUAGCUUUGAUUCGGGCAAACAUUGAAGAAGAUGAAGAGGCAAUUAUGGCCAGGUUUUUAUGUAGUUUGAACCGAGAAAUUGCUAAUGUAGUGGAGCUACAAAAUUAUGUGGAGAUAGAAGACAUGGUUAGCAUGGCCAUGAAGGUAGAACGACAACUCAAGAGAGGGAGACCAGCGAAGCAAAAGGGUGGUUCUUAUUCAGGGUCUUCAAAUUGGAAGUCGAAAUGGGGUGCUAGUUCAAUAUCUGUAGAAAAACCCAAAUCGAAUGCUGAAAUGGGCAUGAACAGGAGCCAAUGGGACAAUAAAGAGAGAGAUAGUGGGGAGCUUGAAACUGAAGAUGAGGAAAGUGAUCACAUGCCAUUACAUGAUGAUUCUAGUGAUUGUGAAUAUGCUGCUGAGGGGAAUGCCUUAGUAAUCAUGCAAGCACUUAAUGCACAAAUGAAGGAAGAAGAGAGAGAUGAUGUGCAAAGGGAAAAUAUAUUCCACACUAGAUGCCAAGUGAAGGAUCGGGUAUGUAGUUUGAUCAUUGACGGGGGUAGCUGUGUGAAUGUGGCUAGCAAGUUACUUGUUGACAAGUUGGGAUUGCGUACAUUGAAGCAUCAUAGGUCAUAUAAUCUGCAAUGGCUGAAUGAAAGUGGAGAAGUGAAGGUGAACAAGCAAGUUCUGGUUUCCUUUACAAUUGGGAGAUACAAAGAUGAAGUUCUUUGUGAUGAUGAUAGAAAGGUGACACUUGUUCCAUUGACACCUAAUCAGGUGUAUGAGGAUCAGUUCCGAAUCAAGAUAUCAAUUUGUGAGAAAAGUGAGGAGUUUGGAGAUGUCUUUUCCAAGGAGUUACCCAAUCGUUUGCCACCAAUAAGGGGAAUAGAACAUCAAAUUGACUUUGUGCCAGGAGCCGUAAUUCUGAGCCGGCCAGCUUAUCGAAGUAAUCCGAAGGAAAUAAAGGAACUUCAAAGGCAAGUGGACGAGCUUUUAGCUCAAGGGCAUGUGCGUGAGAGCAUGAGUCCUUAUGCAGUCCCGGUGUUGCUGGUGCCAAAGAAAGAUGGUACUUAG